CCGUGUUGCCAUGGCACUCGGUGGCACUUGUCCUCUUGAGCCCAAUAAAAGCCGCCCGUUGGCCCCGGGUGCAGAGAGCGGCGCCAGCACCCAGCCCCAGCAGCAGCGCGGGAGAGGAGCCCACCUGGGGGUGCAGGACCCGGUCGUGCCCCACUCCCAUCCCAAAAAUGCCGAGGGCCCCACAGCCCCUCUCGCUCCUGGUCCUGCUCGUCCUCGUCGCCACCGCCCAGGGACAGGCCGUCACCAGUUCCACGGUGCUGGAGCCCUGGCUCCUGGGCCUCACGGCUGUUGUCGUCUUCCUCUUCAUCGUCUUCGUGCUCCUGCUCAUGAACCGGCUCUGGCGGAUCAGGAUGCGCAGGCCGCUCCCCGGGCACCGCUCACCCCCUCUGUCCCCUCGCAGGAAGCGGGGCAACGGCCAGGACACCCCGGGGACUGACAGGCUGGAGCGCAUCGGCCACGUCAACCCGGCGGCCGAGGAGGAGAGCGACGACGAGGAGCGCAGGAAGGCCACCCCGCUCUGA